CUUAUCCUCCCUUAUUCUGCUGAACCUCUCUCUUUCUCUUUCUCUCUCUCAUCCUCCCUUAUUUUGCUGAACCUCUCUCUUUCUCUCUUUCUCUCUCUCUCUCUCAGCCUCCCUUAUCCUGCUGGACCUCUCAAACUGAACCUCUCUUGAGGAGGGAGAAGAACCAUCUUCAGUAUUGUUUUGAAAAUAUAAAUCCCUUGUACAACCGGGAAAGACAUGCAUCUAGCGGAGUUUGACAACGUGACUCUGAGGGACAACACUACCAACUGUCUGUCUAUCGAUGACUUCCGUAACCAGGUGUACUCUACGGUGUACUCUAUCAUCACGGUGUUCGGCCUGGCCGGUAAUGGUUUCGCCCUGUUGGUUCUGGUUAAAACGUUCCGUCAGCGUUCUGCGUUCCACAUCUACAUGUUGAACCUGGCCGUGUCCGACCUGCUGUGUGUCUCCACGCUGCCGCUACGGGUCCUCUACUACGUUAAUAAGGGUCAGUGGAACCUGGGAGACUUCCUGUGCAGGGUUUCGUCCUAUGCCCUCUACGUGAACCUCUACUGCAGUGUGUUCUUCAUGACCGCCAUGUCCGUCACACGCUUCCUCGCCAUCGUGUUUCCCGUGCAGAACCUGCGCCUGGUCUCAGAGCGUCGCGCCCGUCUGGUGUGUGUCUGUAUCUGGGUGUUCAUCUGCACUGUCUCCUCCCCCUUCCUCAUGACUGGUCAGCACCUUGACCCAGCCACCAAUAAGACCAAGUGCUUCGAGCCUCCAGAGCGCAGCACAGGGGGCGGGCUUAGCAAGCUCAUCAUGCUCAACUACUUCUCAUUGGUCGUGGGCUUCGUGCUUCCUUUCUUGGUCAUCCUGCUGUGCUAUGCCGGGAUUAUCCGGGCUCUGCUGUCACGGCAACACACUGCGCAGCGCCAGAAGGGGGCAGGGUCUAAGGCCAUCAGAAUGAUUGUCAUAGUGAUGCUAGCAUUCCUGCUGUGCUUCAUGCCAUACCACGUCCAACGCUCCGUCCACCUCAGCUUCCUGUCCCAGACUGCCACUUCCUGUUCGGAGCUGGUGUACAUGCAGAAGAGUGUGGUGGUGACACUCUGUCUGGCUGCCUCCAACUCCUGCUUCGACCCCUUGCUCUACUUCUUCUCUGGAGAGGGCUUCAGACGACGCCUGUCAACCUUCAGGUCCACUAGCAGGACACAGAGACAACCGGCCACAGAGACAGGGGCACAGCCACCGUUAGGGAGGGGAACACGCUUUGAGUGAGUGAGUGAGUGAGAGGGGCACACGAGCCUAAGAUCACGAUGCACAAUGUCAAGCUCUGUUUUUCAUGGUUUGGGCUAUGCCCCUUAGUUCUAGUAAAGGGAAAUCUUAACGCUACAGCAUACAAUGACAUUCUAGACAAUUCUGUAGUUCCAACUUCGUGGCAACAGUUUGGGGAAGGCCUUUUCCUGUUUCAGCAUGACAAUGCCCCUAUGCACAAUGCAUAUGGAGUUGGUACCCCUUUGCUGCAAUAUUGACCUCAACUCUUCUGGGAAAUCUUUCCACUAGAACAUUGCUUGCUUGCUUCCAUUCAGCCACAAGAGCAUUAGUGAGGUUUGGCACUGAUGUUGGGCUAUUAGGCCUGGC